AUGAGAAAAAUAACUCGAAGUUUAUUUUGCACAUUAUUUGCAGUAUAUGAAGUGUUCAAAGACUCUAUUGUCGAAAAAUGGGAGGCUAGAAAACGUCUUGAUGAAGACGAGGAAUAUGACGAGUUAGAAAAGAACAUAACUAAAAUUGAAAGUGAAAUUCCUUGUUUAUAUGCUGAUCCUUUGAGAAACAAUGAACUACAUCAGAAGUUCCGUAAUUCUUCUAUGGUUUAUGCUGAAAUUACAUAUGCAACUGCUGAAAAAAUUCGUGAGAUUGAGACUCUAAGGUUUCGUUUGCUCAAAUUUUUGCCAUCACAUAAAAGAACUCAAACCGUUUUGGAUGCGAUGAAGAGAUUUGCUAUUUUAUAA